AUGGCUAGCCAGCAAGCAUCACAGCUCCCCCCCUCGUCGCAUAGACUGCCCACUGUCUCGGCAUCACAAGCCCUCCAAAGCCUCCAUGCCCGCGGAGCUCGCACUGUAUCGACGGGCAUAACGCAGCUCGACAAGGUCCUUUCCCCGCCGAGCCUACCGGGCCAUGAUGUCUCGGGUGGAUACAUGCGCGGGAAGGUGACUGAGGUCUUCGGCCCGUCAGGAGUCGGCAAGACAGCAUUUGGGAUACAGGCUGCAGUAUCUGCACUGCGCGAGGGCCAGCGAGUAGUAUGGAUCGAUGCUGCCUGCGCGCCUCUAGUCAAGCACCGCGUCGAGGAUAUCCUCAGUUCACGCCCCGAUGCGCCUGACGUGGUCUCAGACGAACUGCGCAGCCACUUCCACUACCUCCCUGUGCCAACGCUUGCACAUCUCCUAGCACUCUUUGUGCAUGCGCCCGCUGCCUUUCCCCCGCAAAACACUAGCCUGGUCGUCGUAGACUCUCUCGCAACCCUCGUCGAUAACGCCUAUCCACGCAAUGUCGACGAUCGCAUGCCCAGGAAUAAAACUGACCAGGCGCGAUGGGCUGCAGGACGUCGAUACACUGUCAUCAACGACUUGAUAGCCGCCUUCACAAGGUUCACUGCGCUGCACGACAUCGCACUACUAGUCACAAGCCAGACCAUCACACGCAUCCGUGGUGCUUCGCGCGCAUUGUUAGUACCGGCAAUCUCUGGGAUUGAAUGGGAGAACGGCAUUUCCACUCGUCUGGUUCUCUUCAGAGACUGGCUCCGGCACGGGAAAGCCAAAAGCAAGGUAGACGCCGACAGAAUGCAGAAAGCCCGAUUUGCUGGCUUGGUCAAGGCGAAUGGUGUAGCUCUUACAGAAGAAGGGGGUGUGGGCAACGUGGUACCCUUCACCAUCGGCCAUGUUGGUCUUUGCGACAUGAACGUAGCAACCGACGAUAUUACAACCCCCCUGUUUGUCCCAAUAGAAGAUAGACCGCCCAAAAGAUCCUUCGCCGAGAUUGACGAGUAUGUCGCUGCAGAACCAAAUUCCGACGACCUCUAUGGCUGGAUCGAAGAGGACGAAGUUGCCACUGAGGGGCUGUUGAUGGAUGAAGCACCCGUUAGUGAAGACGACGCUGUAGGACCUCGCCUAGAUGUCGUCGCAGAGGGCCACAAGAAGAAGGUGACACGCACAUCUACAGUCUCUGCUUAUAUCCGGGGUAAGCUCAUGGAGAUCUCGCGUUCAGACCGAUGA